AUGCCAUGGUUCGACCGCAACAGACCUGACGAGUCCUUGACCAGCUCUGAGGAUGCCUACAAUACACGACUACCUCGCCGACCGAGGCCUGUCGCCGCGGCCAGUUCCGACGAAGAUCGUCGACGAUCGUACUAUGCCUCGCCCAGGAAAGAGUCUCGUCGCAGAGAGCAGCGCGAGCGCGACGAGGUGCGCGAGCCCAGCAGGAAGCCAUGGAGAUCUGCCAGUGAAGAGCGAGACCGUCGUGAGCGUCGAGAAGCUCGUCGGCUACGAGAGGAAGAUCGCGACGAGCGGAGACGAGUUCGAGCAGCACAGGACCCCGAUCGAGAGGCGUUGCGACAAGAGCGACGACAUCAUCGACGAGCAUCACGACAAGCGUCAGCAGUUCAACAGCCUGAUUUCGGAGUUUCGAAUGUGGACCAGCGACAGCAGAGGCGUGCCUCACGACGAGCAGAACGGCGGGCGCCUGGGCAACAGCAACUCAACGGUCAACAACACCCUGCAAAUAUAAACAUCGAUAACGAUGACGAAGAUGCAAACUCGAACGACUUCCAUUCCGCUCGCCCGCGUGAGCUUGAAAUGCCUGGACCCAUCAACGACGCACGUAUGGCGUAUCACUCAGUCAAGCUUGAAGACGAACCGCAUCGGUCUUUUGAUCGAGGGGAGAGGUAUCAUGCGCCCAAUCGACAUCGAGACGAUCGCCAAAAUCAACGUCAAUCAUCUGUUCUUCGCUCUGAACGACUUCCAAGAAGCCAGUCCUGGCACACAUCCGACGACGAAUGGACCGUCGACCUGGAGAGCUCGUCUCUGAACGAAGAGAAGAAUCACCGUUCGCGAUCUUCGGUCUUCAGCGAGCUCGCAUACUACAAACGGCACACAAUCCCAGAGCGCGGAGGCCACGACAGAGAUGAUCGCCGCGGCUGCUGUGGUUUCUCGCGAAGAUGCACCGUCCUGAGCUUGAUCAUCAUAUCGGUCGUUCUGCUUGUCAUCAUCAUUGCAGUUGCAGCUGUCGUCUCAAAGCAGGGCAAGUUUGAGUACAAGCCAUCAACAUUGCAAGUGAACAACACCUACGCUUUCAGUAGCGGCGGAGCCACUCGCAACAGCGUCAACGACACCAAAGAUGGCAUCGGAGCUGGCACAGACGCCUACACAUACUACCAAGGCAACUUCACUCACUUUCCCGAGUCCUCCAAAUGGGUCUCGUUCGAAGAUAUGUGGAACAACAACGUCAACUCCAUCUCUCAAGCCUGUGGCUGGCUCAACUACGGCGAAGACGAUUCCGCCGAAGAGAUCCAGGACAUCUACAACGCCAUCCAGGACCGCGCCAACGCUUCUCUCGUCGACCACCGCCUCAUCCUCGCCUUCAUCCUGCAGGAAUCGCACGGCUGCGUCCGCAUCCCACACACAACCUCUUCAGGCGGCACGAAGAAUACUGGUCUAAUGCAAGCACAUGACGGGCAUGAGUAUGAUCCCAAGCACCAGGAGAAGAGCAUGCUCCUGAUGGUACAAGAUGGGACGCAAGGGACGAAGAAGGGGAACGGGAUUGUGCAGGAGCUGAAUGCAUAUGGCAAUCCUUACGCCGCUGCGAGGGCGUAUAAUAGCGGAUAUAUCGAUAAGAGUGGUGAUCUUUCUGUAGCGGCGGGUGCGACUGCUUGCUACGUCUCGGAUCUUGCGAAUCGGUUGACGGGGUGGGUAAAGGCGACGUCGAGUUGUCCAGGCUCUGGAGGACAUUGA